AUGCUUCCCCAACCAAUAAAUAUCCAAAAGUGGAUCAAAGAGAACGGCCACCUCUUACAGCCUCCCGUGAAUAACUACUGCCUUCAUCGUGGCGGGUUCACUGUGAUGAUAGUGGGAGGUCCCAACGAGAGAACCGACUAUCAUGUCAAUCAGACGCCAGAGUACUUCCACAUGUUUAAAGGGUCGAUGUGCUUGAAAGUCGUGGACGAUGGAGAGUUCAGGGAUAUUAUCAUCGAGGAAGGAGAUUCGUUCUUGCUUCCUGGAAAUACUCCUCACAACCCCGUAAGAUUUGCUGACACCAUUGGAUUGGUGGUUGAGCAGGAUCGUCCUGAGGGUGUCAACGACAAGCUCAGGUGGUACUGCCUGAACUGUCAGCAAAUCGUGCACGAGGUGGAGUUCUACUGCGUGGACUUAGGCACCCAGGUCAAGGAGGGCAUUCUUGCGUUUGAUGGCGAUAUCGAAGCCAGAACAUGCGGGCACUGUGGGACGUUGAAUCACUCCAAGCCACAAUAA